AUAAAGCAGGCAGACAGGCGUCCAGUUAUACUGUUCGAUUGAACGUUAGAAUGGGCAAGAAGAGUGACCUAAGGGACUUUGAGCGUGGUAUGAUCGUAGGUGCCAGACGCGCAGGGUCCAGUAUCUCGCAAACGGCCGCCCUCCUGGGCUUUUCACGCACGACAGUGUCUGUGGUUUACAGAGAAUGGCGCGACAAACAAAAAACAUCCAGUCAACGGCAGUCCAGUGGGCGUAAACAGCUCGUUGAUAAGAGAGGUCGAAGGAGAUUGGAAAGAAUCGUGCAAACUAACAGACGGGCCACAAUUAGACAGAUAACGGCGCAGUACAACAGUGGUGUGCAGAACAGUAUCUCUGAACGCACAACUCGCCGAUCCUUGUCACGGAUGGGCUAUUGCAGCAAACGCCGGGCAAAUGAAGAGUGGAAAAACAUCGCCUGUGUGGAAACGGUACGAGAACUUGUCCUGGACAACUGCAGAUCAAAUGAAGGGAAAGUCAAAGGCCUCACAGAAGAAUUUGUAAAUCUGGAAUUCCUCAGUUUGAUAAACGUUGGCCUAAUCUCAGUCUCCAACCUUCCCAAACUUGGGAAACUCAAAAAGUUGGAACUCAGCGACAACAGAAUCUCUGGUGGCCUUGACGUGCUAGCAGAGAAACUCCCCAACCUCACACAUCUAAAUCUAAGUGGGAACAAACUGAAAGACAUCAGCACGUUGGAACCUUUGAAAAAGCUGGAUAGCCUGAAGUCUCUGGACUUGUUCAACUGUGAGGUGACCAACCUGAACGACUACAGGGAGAGUGUGUUCAAGCUGCUCCCUCAGCUCACCUACCUGGACGGGUACGACGUGGAGGACCGGGAGGCGACCGACUCGGACGGAGAGGUGGAUGAUGACGACGAUGAUGGAGAGGAUGAGGACGUAGAGGAGGAAGACUUUGAUGAGGAGGAUGAUGACUAUGAAGAGGAGGGAGUAGUAGUAGGAGAGGAUGAUGAGAUCAGCAGAGAUAAGGAGGAGGAAGACCUUGGCAUUGAUGGUGAAGUUGACGAAGAUGGCAAGUCAGUUGACGGCCUACCCCGAGCCAAACCUGGACGACACUGGGCCAAUUGUGGACCGCCCUAUGGGACUCCCAAUCACGGCCGGAUGUGAUACAGCCUGGAUUUGAACCAGGGACUGUAGUGACGCCUCUUGCACUGAGAUGCAGUGCCUUAGACCGCUACGUCCAUGUGUGUGUGUUAAGCAUUCUUGUACAGUUAAAUAGUUAAGGCUGCUAAAAUUUUAAAUAUUGGUUAUCGGUACCAGGUUUUUUGGCAAGGAAAAUAUCGCAUAUCGGUAUCAGCCAAAAAUGUCAUGUCGGUGCAUCACUAGUAUAGUAUAAUGACCCUUUCCCAUUUCCCCCAGAAAUCAAGGCUGUCCAAGGAGAGAAGAUAAUGCAAGAGCCUGACAACGAUGAUUAUGAGCAAAAAACGACAGCCUAUCAAGUUACCAACCCCUUCCCUCCCCACCCUGCCUACGCCAUGUCUCUCUCCCAGCUUUGAGCCCGUCUAGGGCAAGACUGUACCAGACGGUUGGUUCGAGUGAAGCUGCCUGUGUCCCAUGGAAUCGAGAGACAUUCCCAAGGUUCUCAAGCAGCGCACCACUCCGCAUUCCACAAUUUCGCUGUCAACUCCCCUUUAUGUAUACCUGUGUGAGGACUUCAGGAUUGGUAUUUCAUUUUGGGUCUGCACUUUUAAUAUUUUUGUUGGAUGAAUUAUGAAUACAUUGUUAGGUUUAUUUCUUACCCGUUUGUCUGCUUUAUCUUUAUUUUUUUCCCCCCAAUAAAAUUGCUAUAGCAACUGUGCGACAAGCGAGCUGGGAUUUUGUGUGGCCGCCUGUUGCACAAAUCAAGGUUAUAGCGACUUUUUAAAAAACUUUCUGUAUGACCAAACUUUGUAAAUAAAAUGUUAAAGUUUUGCGCUA